GGAUACAGUCUUCGAAGCUGUUUUCUGCCAUUGUUCUGCUGCAGCCUCCCUUGUUGUUCUUCAUCCUUCGAGUACGAUCUGCUUGUUUUCAUCUCUAUUUCUUCAAAAAAGCUGUUCAUCUUUGUCUUUUCAUUAGCGGUUUGAUUUCUUCUACUUGUUGUGUUGUGUCAUUUCUCCUCUUCCUCCACUUAUUCUGUUGAAUUCUGUUCUGUUAUCGUUUUGGUGGUCUGAUUCUGUGGAGUUGCUGUUCUUGAGCAUUUUUUUGUUUUGUCUUCGUCUUGUGAGGGUAGAUGUGUGUUGAGUGCUUUACUGAUUGAGGUUUUGUUGAGGAUUUUUGUGCAGCGAGGGAAGUUUGUUUUUGAGUUUUGCGUGGUUGGGAGUUUGGUUUUUGGUGGUGAGGCCGGGCCUUGAGGCUCGGAGAUCGAAACUAUGGGUGCGGAGACUGAGCAACAAAGCUUGAUUCAUGAUAAACUCGAUCCCAAUUCUCUCUGCUUGCAGAAAUUCAGGCUCUAUGAGACGCGUUCGAAUUUUUACAUGAUUGGAAGAGACAAGAACCGAACGUUCUGGAGAGUGUUAAAGAUCAGCAGACUGGAGCCUAGCGAUCUAAAUAUUCUUGAAGAUUCUACCGCAUACACAGAUAAUGAGUGUUUUGACCUGCUGAAGCGGAUACAUGAAGGAAACAAACUGACGGGUGGGCUUAAAUUUGUGACCACCUGUUAUGGAAUUGUUGGUAUCAUCAAGUUUUUAGGACCGCAUUACAUGUUAUUGAUAACAAAGCGAAGAAAGAUUGGAACUAUUUGCGGCCAUCCAAUUUAUGCAAUUUCGAAGAGCGAAAUGAUUCCAAUUCCAAAUUCUACUGCCCGGUCCAAUUUGGCUAUUUCUAAGGAUGAAAACAGAUACAAGAAGCUCUUACGCACAGUGGAUCUUAGGAAAGACUUCUUUUUCAGCUACUCAUACAAUGUCAUGCGUAGCCUUCAAAAGAACAUGUGUGAUAAUAAGACAGGGCAUGUACUUUAUGAUACAAUGUUUGUCUGGAACGAGUUUUUAACUCGUGGAAUCCGGAAUAUUCUCAAGAAUACCAUCUGGACUGUUGCGUUAGUGUAUGGUUUCUUUAAACAGGUUGAUCUUUCUCUUUCAGGCAGAGAUUUCAAGUUGACACUCAUUGCUAGACGAUCACGUCAUUAUGCUGGUACACGAUUUCUAAAAAGAGGUGUUAACGAGAAGGGAAGAGUAGCUAAUGAUGUCGAAACAGAACAAAUUGUUUUCGAAGAAGAUGCUUCUGAUGGGCGACCAACUCAAAUAAGUUCAGUGGUGCAAAACCGGGGAUCGAUCCCUCUCUUUUGGUCUCAGGAGACCUCACGGCUGAAUAUUAGGCCCGAUAUCAUAUUGUCAAAGAAGGACCAGAAUUACGAAGCUACAAGACUACAUUUUGAGAAUCUUGUUUUGAGAUAUGGAAACCCAAUAAUUAUAUUGAAUUUGAUUAAGACGCGCGAGAAGAAGCCGCGAGAAAGCAUCCUACGUGCUGAGUUUUCAAAUGCUAUAAAGUAUAUAAAUAAGAGUUUAUCUGCAGAGAACCGCCUAAGAUUCCUCCAUUGGGAUUUGAACAAGCAUGCGAAAAGCAAAGCUUCCAAUGUUUUGAUGCUGCUUGGAAGGGUUGCUACAUAUGCAUUGAACUUAACUGGCAUAUUCUACUGUCAAAUAGAUUCAAAUUUAGGUUCAGAGGAGUUAGUAAGCUGGACCAACCUUCAGAAAAAUCAGGGUAUUGAUUCUUCCGGGGAGAAUCUAUCAACAGAAGAAGAAAAUGGGGAAAAUUCAGAAAAAGAUGUUAGUAGGGCGUAUGGUAGUGGUAUACUUGAAAAUCAUCCAAUUGCAAUGUUUCAAAACGGUGUCCUAAGGACCAAUUGUAUAGACUGUUUAGACCGGACAAAUGUUGCCCAAUAUGCCUAUGGGCUAGUUGCUUUAGGACGUCAAUUACAUACUUUAGGGUUAACUGAUUCCCCAAAUAUUGAUCUGGACAACCCUUUGGCGGAGGAUUUGAUGCGGGCUUAUGAGAACAUGGGUGACACCCUUGCAUUACAGUAUGGUGGCUCUGCCGCACAUAAUAAGAUAUUUUCCCAGAGGAGAGGCCAGUGGAAAGCUGCAACGCAGUCUCAGGAGUUUUUCAGAACACUACAACGUUAUUGCAGCAAUGCAUAUCUAGAUGCUGAAAAGCAACGUGCCAUUAACGUGUUCUUAGGUUACUAUCAACCACAGCCGGGAAAGCCAGCAUUGUGGGAAUUAGACUCCGACCAACAUUAUGAUCUUGGGAAGCGCUUUCCUGAUCUUAUUGAUGAUAAUGUCAGGACGUCUUUUAAAAGAUCACUAUCAGAUGGCAAUAUACUUGGUCAGAGUGAGUCUGAUCUUGUCCAUGACGGAAGCAGCAGGGGCUUUCCUCAUUUGAACGAAAAAUGUAAUACAGGCUUCUCAGACCCUGCACCAGAGGUCUCAACUUGCGAAUCUGAUAUAUCUCUUUGCAGGUAUACUCCCUCUAUGUGCCGUACACAUAUUCAUGAAAACGUGCAGGAUGAUCAAAUGCUUGAAGUUGAUCAUAUUUGUCACGAUGAACGUAGAGAUUCAGGCAGCUGGUCAAAUUUUCUGGAUAUGGACUGGAUUUCUUCAUCAGGGAAUUCUUGUGAAGAUGAGUUAUGUGAAAGGUCUGUCACCAGUCUUUCAUCGGAAAAUGUUGCAAGUGAGAUGAAGAUUGACUUUAUGUCAUCUGCAAGUGAGUCUGGAUCAAGCUCAAAGGUGAAACAACGGUGUGGAACUGACCUUAGUCACGACGAUAUCAUCACGAAAUACUCCGAACACUUUGUUGACUGGGUCAGUCAUGGUGGAAUACUCUUCUGGUGAAAAGCUUACUCAAAGUCACUAAUCAACAUUGAUAUCUUUCAUCUGAUUAAUUACAUCCGAAGGAUGUAAUUUCUGUAGCCAAAAGUGAAAACAUAACAUCAUCAGUCAGCUCGACAAGGCAGUAAAAAACGACGGUAAGAUGGUCUGCAGAAAGAGAGAGGGAGGAGGGAGAGAUGAAUAGUUGCUAUUAUGCAGAAAUUUUUGUUGGAGUUCAAUCUUCAGGUCACCUGGGAGGGAGUAGCAGUGAAUGAUCCGAGUGUAGACCAGACCUCUCCCCACUAAAAAGACGCAAAAAGAAAGGUGGAAGUAGAAGAAGAAUAAGAGUAUAUGAAGCGCUAACUGUCUAUGUAUCUGGAAGCCACACAAUAAAAUCCAGGUUCUUAAUUCUCAUAGUUUUCACAUUGUAAAUAUUUCUCCAAAUUAACAAUUGCAGAUAUAAUCUCUUCUUCAACUCCCUAUUUGUGAAUUAUUGACAACAGUUAUAUAUAAAUCUGUGACAAAAAAUAAGGUAUUUUUCAUAUGCAGCCGACUGAAGAUCAGUUCGUUAA